AUGGUCGAAAAAUACGUUGGUCCAAAGGUUGGCGCAUGGGCUGGGAUACAAGACGAAGAGCGUAAAAAACCGCCACAUGUGGACUUGCUAGAAAAAGCACAUCGGUCCAAGCCUUCGGGGAAAUGGAGCGACAAUGAAAUAUCAGCGCUUACGAAACAACUUGACUGGACCGAGGAACAAAUUAAAGAAUGGCUCAAAGCUAGAAGAAAAUUCGCAUUGCCUACAACUUUAGAGAAAUUCAGUGAAAGUUUUUGGCGUUGUCUCGGCUUCAUAUUCAUUCUUGCGUAUGGUUUAUACGUUCACUGGUCUAAAGAUUGGUUUUGGGACAUCAAACUUGCCUUCAAAGAUUACCCCCAGCCGGUUACAAGGGACAUUUAUUGGUACUUCCUCAUAGCACUGGCGAAUUACUCCGCGUGGAAUAUCUCACAAUUCUGGGAUGUGCCGAGGAAGGACCCGAAACUCUUAAUGCUCCAUCACGUUGCAACGGUGUUCCUGUUGUCUGCAUCAUGGAUCGCAGGUGCACAUAGAAUCGGCCUCUACACAUUAUUAAUUCAUGAUGUCGGGGAUGUAUUGGUGGAGGGAAGCAAGUCGUUAAAAUAUAUCGAUGCGUUAAAGGUUGAUCAACCCUCUCUUUAUUUCGGUUCAUUCCUCUCCACUUCCCUAUGGGUUUUCACACGGAAUUUUAUUCUUCCAUUACGCAUCAUACCAUGUGUUUACUAUCAUGCACCAUGUUCCAUACCUGAAACAUUUCCUCUCUCGUGCUUGCAUGGGCCGUGUGACAUCAGCUCCUUUAGGUUUAAUUUGUGCCACGUCAUUUUGAUUCUACUGGGAGGCAUGAGCACCCUGCAUCUUUAUUGGACCUACAUCAUCUUGAAAAUCAAUUAUACAGCAUUUUUUGCUGGAAAAAUAAUAGAUGACACACUCGCGGUGUCGGAUGAUGACGAAGACGACUCGGCAAAGAAAAUCACCCCUAAAAAAGAGAGCUGGUCCGUCAGAACUAACGGCUAAAUGAAUAACGUCAUUUGAUGCAGAUUUUUAUUCCUUGGAUUGGAACCGGAGGACUGAAAAAAAAAAAAACCAAACAUCAGGCUACUGUAUUAUUUAUAUCAUGGAAUGUUUAUCGUAAGCUUUACUCCCACCCCUCAUGUAACCGCUUUCCUUAGAGGAUUGUUCAUUUUCUUUCCUAUGUUCUGAAAAAAAUGGCGCCUGGGUGCAUUCAUUUUAAAGCGAUGAUGUGAAGGAUCAAACACGAUCUCUAAUUUUGAUGCCUAUAGCAGUGGUGAGGCGUGAAAAAUCGAUUAUCGAUAUUCCCUAAUUUGAAGCUGCGGUAACAAAUCGAUUAUUAAGGUGUUCGUUGCGAACAUCCUGUUUAUCAAUCCAAUUCCAUGAGUUUAAAUGGCCGAUCAGUCCAUAUAUCGCAAAGUACGCCACGCCAUUCACUUAUAGGUUUUAUGAAAGUGUAAGUUGAAGGGUGGCUCUCCAGCAAUUGGAUAGAGUUUAUAGUGGCAUGUAUGAUAAUCAGUAAAUUAAAAAAAAAACCGAAGUAAUAGAAUAGAAUAGAAUGCUGGAGGGUUUUCUUGAUAAUGAGCAUUCGAGAAUAUAUUUAGUUUGAUGCACCAGGCAUGAGGUCUACCGCAGAACCGCAGCCUGACGAACAAAAUCAGUAAACUUUAGAUUUUUCAAUGAAGCUUGUUAAAGCGGGUCACAUAUAGGUAUUCCAAUUUUCCUUUACUUGUAAAAAUGCAAGCUAAGCAUGGACCCAUUCAUUUCUAUUUGUCCCCAGAAAGUGUGCACUAAUUUUUUCAUUUUAGUAACGUUUUUAGUAAAACUGGAAAAAUGUAUAAUGUCCUAUUUAUUUCCUCGUAUGUUGUAUAUAUUUGUAAAGAUAAAUCGUCAAAAAUA